AUGACUGUUAAAUAGUAUUUUAGGUACAUAUUUGAUUUACAGUGUUCUCUCUUAUAGUGAAGGUAAUCAAUAUUUGUCAUUCUUAUGUUUUAGCUGCACGUCAAUAUAUAUUUCUGUGAAGGAAGUGAAUUUGUUGUCCCUCAGGCCAUAUUUUGGAGACUAAUAUAGCAUGGGAAGUUGCUGGUUGUGGUAGCCAAGUGACACCCUGAAUAGAAGUCAGCCGCAAUGUGUCAUUUCAGACUGAAUGAGCAGGCAAAUUAUUGGGAAAUGUUGAAGAGUGUUGGAGAAAUUUAAUCUACUCCUGAGUACGUAAGAGACAUAAGUGGUCGUAGGGACGGUGGAAAUGAUACCGUCACAACCUUCCGUCAUUUACGAGGUGAAAUCUUGGAGAAUUAGAAGACCUCGAAGGAGAUUGCUGCUUGGUGUUCUUAGCAUCACCCUUAUAUGAACUGUGUUGCCAUGAAACAAAUCUGACAAUGAAUGUGGAAAUGCUUCAGUGAUGUGUUGUGUUGUUGAGAUAUGAAGAAAAUGGAUCCAGUACUGGUCAUGAUACAUAGCACAAGUGCAUCUUAAUGACAGUGGAAAUGUCACUGCCACACCAUAACAUCAUUUUUGAGGUUACAUAUGAAGAUACAUUAUGAGCAGGAUGUCGCAAAUCGAGGAAAGUCGAGGGAGUAACUUAAUCCGGCGUGGAAGAGAACACUCAAAACAUAUGUUGGUCGAAAAAUUUAUGACGAUUACGGGAACAUUUCAGGCCGUUGCACUUAUUCUGGAAACACGUAAGCUUAGUGAAAUUCCUGAAGAUGAACUGGAAUAUUUUCCAAAAAUAUUCUCAUGGCAGCAUCGAUUUAUGGUGAAGCUGAUGGAAAAGUGGUGUGAGGCUGAAGACAACAUAGAGGCAAAGACUGAAAUCAUACAUGCCUUGCAGAAAGAGUUAACACUCGAGAGAGGGGCAGCAAGGGAUCCUGCCAUGAUAAAGAUCCCGAGAUACAGUCUUCAAGAAACACAGCACAAAACUGAUCUAAUUAAUACAGAUAUAAAUUCGUUGGAAUAUCAGGCCAAUAAGACAGAGAGGGACGCACUAAAACUUGAAGUAGGAAAACUUCAAAGUCUGUGUGAGCAAGGUACAGGACUCAGUGAGCUAUUAAACAAUGUAAUGGCAGAGCGCGAGAAACUCACACAAGAGAGAAAAGAUCUUCUAUUUGUAUCCAAAAGCCAAGUAACAGACAUGAAAGCCAUGCAGAGAGACAAUGAAGCCCUCAAGCGUAAAAUAGAAUUUCUUGAAGGCCAGUGUAACAAUGCUGAAGCACUCAAGAGGCGAUUAAAGACCGUAACAGCAGAGCACCAACGUCAAAAGAAGGUUAGGAAUGAUAUGCAGCUUGAAAUGGAGCGUAUGCGGGGCCAGUGUAAGGAUAAUGCAGCACUGAAGGUUGAUAGGGACUGACUUAUAAAAGAAGCAAAACGCCAAGCAAGGUGUAUGAAAGCCAUAAAGGAAGAGAGGGACGCUCUCAAGCUUGAGGCAGCUUAGCUUCAUCCCAGCCUACCCUAUGUCCCUCUUCAUA